AUGGGCGAGCACAACCUCCUUAAUCCCGGCUUUGUGGGACCUCUGGUGAACAUCCACACGGGAGACACCUUCUACUUCCCCAAUUUCCGUGCCUCCGGAGGGCAGCUGCCCGGGUUGCCUUCCCUCUCCUACCCCCGACGGGAUAACGUCUGCUCCCUGCCCUGGGCAUCCUCGGAGCCCUGCAACGGGUACCCUCAACCCUACCUGGGCAGCCCCGUCUCCAUUAACCCUUCCUUCGGCAGAGCCUGCGACCUCGCCCGGGUGGAGGAAAGCAAAUGUUAUUACCGGGAAACCUGCUCCGAAAGCAGCGGGCUCAAGAGGGAGGAGAGGGGCAGGGACAGUGCCUUGCUGCCCCUCGAAUCCGGCCUCCCAAUGGCAUGGGGGGCAUUCGGCAAAUAUGACUAUCCGACCAGCGAGGCGGUGCCCCACGACCCUCCGUCCUGCCAGUCCUUGGAGUCAGACUCCAGCUCUUCCUUGCUCAAUGAGGGGAAUAAAGGCACGACCGGAGAAGCGGGGGGUUUGGUGUCCCCCCUGAACCAAGGCAGCACUUUAGGCACCGGUGGUGCUCCUUGGUACCCGAUGCACACACGGUCCCGGAAAAAACGAAAACCCUAUUCCAAGCUGCAGCUGGCAGAGCUGGAAGGGGAGUUUAUGGUCAAUGAAUUCAUUACUCGCCAAAGAAGGAGGGAGCUCUCAGACCGAUUAAAUCUGAGCGACCAGCAGGUGAAGAUCUGGUUCCAGAACCGGCGUAUGAAAAAGAAAAGACUCCUCCUGAGAGAGCAAGCCCUUUCUUUCUUUUAA